AUGGACCACGUCUUUCAAACCACUAGUGAGACGAGAUAUCCGUCUUCUACAACAGACAUAGCUGCUGAGUGUAGCUUGACGUCAAUGCGAAAGAGAAAGAGAGACUCCUUGAAUGAUGACGAAGAAGUCCUUAAUCCGAAACACAAAGCCGCAUGGGACAAAGUAAGCCCAAAUCGAUCGUUGCCUAGUGAUUUUUCUCCCAGAUAUGUCAACUGGACAGCAAAAACGUUACCUGCAGAUUACAUCAGUCCGAUGGAAGUAUCCAGGAAGAUAACUCCUAAAUAUAAACUUCACCUUGGCGAGUUCCCAUACGCAAGCCCCCCAGGGAUUGGGGACGGGAACGCCAAGGACUUUGACCCCUGGAGACACAGGAAGAGUCAGAUGCGGAGAGAGAAGGCGGCCAAGAAAGCUCGCGAGCGUUUCUUCCAAGAUUAUGAUAGUCAGAUUUAUUGCUUUAUGCAAGAGGAGCCACCAGUAGAUGAAAUGAUGUAUUCACCACCCGAAUUUUCGACGUUUCUACACCAGGCAACACAUCUUGACCAGGGAGUGCCUCCUAAAUGGUGGAUGGACACGCCACAAUCGGAUCGUUGCUUGGAUACUCUUUAG